UCGGAGGCUUCCGUAGAGGGAGGGAGAAAGAUGGCGGCGGCAAUACUGGAACGUAUGGGUGCAUUAAGGAUACAGAAUCUGAGGGGGAAGCUGGCCUUAGGGCUUCUUUCAUCUCAUAAUGUUUUACCCCAAUCACAUAUCCACACAAGUGGGUCUCUGGACAUUUCUCGAAGAUGGGAAAAGAAGAAUAAAAUUGUUUAUCCUCCACAAUUGCCUGGAGAACCUCGGAGACCAGCAGAAAUCUACCAUUGUCGAAGGCAAAUAAAAUACAGCAAAGAUAAGAUGUGGUAUUUGGCAAAAUUGAUACGAGGAAUGUCCAUUGACCAGGCUUUGGCUCAACUGGAAUUCAGUGACAAAAAGGGAGCCCAAAUAAUUAAAGAGCUGAGUCGACCUCAGGGCGAGGCCAGUACCUGAAACGCAUCCGAUACCAUGGCAGAGGUCGCUUUGGGAUCAUGGAGAAGGUUUUUUGCCAUUAUUUUGUGAAGUUGGUGGAAGGCCCCCCACCUCCACGUGAGGCACCGAAGACGGCAGUCACCCACGCCAAAGAGUAUAUUCAGGAGCUCCGCAACCGGACCAUUAUUCACACUCUGUGAUAGGGGAUUCAGAAGCCACAGUGUAUUUAUUUUGCCAUUUAUUUCUUAAAAACAAACAAAUUAAAGACAAAUGCUUUUUAUGAUUUGUCAUUGA